UUGUCUAAUGCUAAAUGUCAAAGUUGUCAAUCUAAGCUUGUUAACAUCUUGUUAAUUUGUUAAUCUUUAAAUCAUUUCUCAAAUUAUAUCCAAUUUCUUAAUGACUUUAUUUGUAAAUUGAGCUGAAUUGAGCCUAAUUUAAUAUGUUAUUCUAUGAAGAGGCAAGUAAAAUUUGAAUACUACUUGUAUGUGAAUCUGCUAGAGCGUAGGACGGUACGGUAUUUUUGGAACUAAUAAAGAAAGAUAUGGUAUUUUAAAGAAUGGCGGUAGGCUCUACAAAAGUCGUUCAAGUAACGAACAUUGCACCACAAGCAACAAAAGAUCAAAUGCAGGUGCUUUUUGGCUAUUUAGGAAAAAUUGAAGAUAUAAGAUUGUAUCCUACCAUAAGGGAUGUCUCUUGCCCUGUACAGUCUAGGAUUUGUUAUAUUAAAUUUGUUGAUCCAGUGUCAGUUGGUGUAGCACAGCAUAUGACCAACACCGUUUUUAUUGAUAGAGCACUAAUAGUUAUUCCAGUUCAAAGUGGAGAUAUACCCGAUGAAUAUUAUGCUUUAGAAGUAACCAGAAAUGGCACAAUUGUUCCAGGUUUAAAUGUUAAUGAACCGAAAUUGCCUCCACAUGUUGUAAAUUCUGUACAAGGCUCGGGUACUGAACAGGUAAUAUUGACUACAGAUCCUACACUUGAAUCAAAUGAUUUACCUAAUUAUCCACCACUUCCUGCUACUUAUGAUAGUGUUAAAGUUGAAGAAACUAGAAGAACUAUUCUUGUUCAAAACAUUAAUACCUCUAUGUCCAAUGAGGAAUGGAUUGAGCAUUUUAGUACUGCAGGUGAAAUUAAGUAUUUACGAAGUUGUAUUACAACUUCAGAUAAUACCCCAAACUUACUUAUAGAAUUUACUGAUCAAAGUAGCAUAAUUAAUGCCUUAAAAAUGAAUGGGACUGAAUUUAAAGGAUCAUUGUUAAUAAUUCAACAUGCUACUCAACCAAUUACAAAACCACAAGCAAAAAGCAACGAAGCAGCACAAAAAGAAAUUGAAGAGGCAAUGACUAGAUUUAAAGAGGCACAAAAUAUGAUCAAUGCUUCUAUUGAACCAGUUAUAGGAAUGUUAACUAAAGAUAAAAGGAGCUCUAGACAUUCAAGAUCUAGAUCUAGGUCGAGAGAUAGAAGACGUAGGCGAUCAAGGUCUAGGUCAAGACGCCGAUCCCGUUCAAGAAGGCGAUGCUCAUCAUCCAGAAGAAAAUCAUCUCGGUCUAGAGAACGCCGUAGAAGAUCAAGGUCCAGAAGACGGUCACGAUCCAGAUCUAGACGUAGGUCAGGUUCAAGGACUUCUCGACCUAGAAGAACCCGUUCAAGAUCAAAGGAAGAGAGAUCUAGGAAAAGGUCGCGCGAUAGAUCAAAGGAACGAAAAUCCCGCGCGAGAUCUAAGGACAGAAAAUCAAGGGACAAGUCUAGAGAUCGCAAACGCUCUAAAGAACGAGAGAAAUCGAAAGAUCGUAAAGCAAGAGGGGAGUCGAAAACCAAAGAAAAAUCGGUAGAUUCUAAGGAGAGGAAGAGCAAGAGUGUCGACAUUGACAGAAAGCGUUCAAAAUCUAGAAGCCCGAGCCGGCGAAGAUCAAGGUCAAGGGACAGAAGAAAGGAGAGGAGGAGAUCAAGGUCGCGCGGAAGUCGCCGAAGAUCACCUUCACCGCGCAGUUCCAGAAGACGCAGUAGGUCCAGAAGCAAAGACAGAGACAACAAGAAGAGAGAUAAAAAGGAAAGAAAACGGGAUCGCUCCAGAUCGAGGUCUAGAUCCAGGGAUAAAAAAAGUGAUAGAGGCAAAUCUAGAGAAAAGUACUCGGCUAACAAAGAUCCUGAAAAAUUUCAAGAAAAAAAUCAAAAACUUGAUAUUUAUGAAGACCUUGAAAAAGACUCUGGGGAGAAAUCUGAUAAUAUGGAUAUUUCUAAUUCGCCAUAAAAUAAUCCUAAAUAUAUUUUCUGUAUAAGCCACAUGGAUUGUAAUAAAUUGAAAAAGGGUU